UCGUAAUACUCUCACCAAACUCAAAAAGCUUCCUUUAGCUUUCGGGUUUUCCGAAUUGCAGGCUUGGUAUCUGAAUCGCCAUGGCUCUUGCAUCUGGUGAAGCUAACAGGAUAUGCAAUCACUGGUGUGUAGGCAAAAGAUCAGCUUAAAGAUUCCCUGCUUCCUUGGUAGUGGUGAACUGUUUGUUCAAUUUCGAAAGCUAGGUUAUGAAGUGUGGAUGUGUUGGCAGUUGGCCAAUGACUUGGAAUUGUUUGAUGUGCUUGUUGAUUAUGGUCCGAGGGUGAUCGGUAAAUACUGGUCAUAAACAGUGGCAAACUCAUAAGAGCCCUAAUCUUAAACCAAACGGUGCGUUUUUGCAACACUGAACGUCGUCUUCUUCGCGCGCGCCGCUGAAGAUUCUGGUUUUUGAUGCACAGAAGCUGUUCGAUAAAAUUCCCCAGAGGCUUUGCUUUUCUUGUGUAGCUGCCAUGGCUGGUGAGCCAGCGGUUCAGGAUCAACGGCAGCGCACUUUGCAGGCAUUGGAGCGAAGGUUCGAGGCUGCUCAAGCCGAACUUGAUUUACACCAAACGAAGAACACAAAGAGAUUGAAAACCGAAGGAGCUGGAAAGAAACCGCAUACUGCUAAUUCUUCAGCCGUUGAUUCUUCACCAAAUUUAGCUAAUGCAUCAUCCGCAACUCCAUCGAAGAAAGGGAAUUUCACCUUUGCUGGUUAUGUGAAUUCACAAGAUAUCGACGAAAGCGGUCCAACAUAUUCAAAACUCUCUCAGCCUAUACAUGAGAAUCUACUCACAGCUAGUAAUGUUGAGGUCUCUGGUAGAAAAGAAAGUAAAGUCGAUAAUGUAUUGCAUGAGCUUCUUCAGAGUGGCGACUCUGCUCUGAAGUAUAUGCAAGGAUCAAGAAGCAAGAGGAUUGACAAUUGGAUCCUCCUUGAUAAUUAUGUGCAAGGGCGUGGUGGUUCUGGCUCCCGUGCCAGGGCAUUGCAGAGUAAUUCAAAGCGGUCUAGGAAGCGUAUGUCGAUGAAACAGCAAAAGAAGAAUGGAUUGUUUGAUUUGCCUCAGGAGCUCCAUAGCUAUGAUAAAUUUAAGCCAAUGCAUGAGAUGUGGAAAGACUAUAUAGCACAACUUCUUAAAACUACUGGGAAAACACAGCUGGCUCAGUCUCUUCUUAGUGCAGAUCUACAUGGUGCUAUUAUUUCAGCAGUUGUUGACUGUAAAGUAACUUCCUACACUGGAGUGAGUGGUAUCAUGAUUCGUGAAACAGCAGAAACAUUUGGCAUAAUUACAGAAGAUGAUCAAUUCCGAGUGGUGCCAAAAAGGUUUUCUGUUUUUGUAUUUCAAGUUGAUUGCUGGAAGAUUACCUUGCAUGGGGACAAACUGACUUCAAGAAACCUGGGUUCGUGAUCUCAAACAUAAUCAUUGCAGCUCAGAACAAUCAGGCUUUGAAGUAAAUAUCAUUGGCAAUCAUGUCAGUUUCAAUCGAUGUAAGUUCUGCCGAGAUCUUGAGUUUAGUGAUCGAGUAGCAGAUAAGCAGCUGAGAGGGCUUUGGCAUUGACGGUAAAAAAGAAUACUGAUUGUGACAUGAAGACUGGACCCUCACUAUGGCCAGUUGGUAUUCAACAUGCAGAUAUACACUCAUUGCCAGCCAGCCACAAAUACAAAAUGAGAGAAACUAUUGCCUGCCUGUUUAAGUUCGCGUAGUUUAAGAAGGAUGGAAUCCUAAUUUUUGUCUUUUAGGUAGUCGUCUGUUUGCACCGUGUUGACGUGUUCGGUUAGGCAGUAAAUCAUUCAUUUCAAAGAAGAUUAUGUAUGACAUGCUUGAUUCAGUGAUAAUCUGUAUUCUGACCA